GGGCUUCCAGACACCAGAGCAAGUCCUAGACGUAAUAGAAGGACAGCCAGACGGACGGCACAAUGGCACUGAACAUGCAGAUCCGGGCCACCUGCCUCCUGCUUCUCCUGGUCACCCUGACCAGUGGCUUCGUUCUCCCACCCCAGACAAGACGGCUCGCAGACCUCCAGACCCAGGACACAGCAGGAGCCGCAGCUGGCUUGACGGUGAGGUUCCCUGGCACUCCCUUCAGAGCCUCCCACGCCUUCCCAUGCCUACGCCCCGCUCACUGCCCUUCUUUCCCACAGCCCGCGCUCCAGAGGCUGAGACGAGACACCCACUUCCCCAUCUGCACGUUCUGCUGUGGCUGCUGCUACAAAGCAACGUGCGGGUUAUGCUGCAGAACCUAGAGCAGCCCCUGCCGCCCUGCCCCCGGCCCCUUAUUUAUUCCUGCUACCCUCCAACCCUCAGUGAACGGUCUUGGAAUAAAAUGGCCGGUUCUAGCUCUUAUUUUCCAA